UGUCUUCAACCUUUUUAUUUUGUAGCAAAUGCAAAUGAAACUUCAAACCCCAAUCUAAUAGUGAAACCCUCCCUCCAUUGGAACGUUAACAUCAUGAUUUCUGAUUUCGUUUCGGACGCAAAUUCGAUACACUCUGCUCUCCACUCCCUCGAGCACCUUCCCUUGUCACAGCGCCAAAAAUUGCUGCAUUCCCCAACUCUCCAAAACGACCCUCGAACGUCGCUUGCUUGCAAGCCCUCUCUGCAGCUCCGUGCGGUUGAGAAAAAGGAGGCCGAUAAUUUCCAUUCUCUGGAAACGUGUCCGAUAUUUGGAAUUGAUGACAGCAGAGUAGAGAAAACCAGUGCUAAUGUCACCGUUUUAGCUGAAUGUUCGACACUUUCUGCCUUUGUUGGUUGUGCCACUGUAAAGGUUGAAGACUAUCAGACUCCUUCGAGUUCUGUUGAGAAGGAUCGAGAAGCAUCUAUUCAGUUAGAUUCUCCUACUCCAAAGGUGAAAAAGGAGAUUCACGAAGUUGAGGAUCUAGAUCAUAUUGUAUUGAAAGAGCGGCUAAGGAUGCUGCUAACUGGGAAGCUUCCAGGAUUGUCAAAUACAGUUUUAGAGAGUAGUAAUGGAGGCUUGUUGGAAACCAUCAUGGAACAGACUCUUAAAAACGGAGAUGAACAGAUUAAUUCUGCCAAUGGGAAAGCAGCAGUGGUUAGAGACCAGUGUAAUGACUUCCUAGAAGGAAGUAAUAUUUCGCUACCACUUGGAGCCACAUGUGUAUCAGCCCUAUUAACUGACAAUGCCUCCUCUGAAUCAAAAGGACCGGUAAUUUCAGCUGGCCUUAUAGAAGAUGGGCCUAUAUUAAAAUCCAGAGGAAUAGUCAUGCAAAUUGAUUCACAUGUGGAAAAUAAUAUCAUAAACAAUGAUGGCCCAUUUAGUUCAACCUCUCCAACCUUUGUCAAAGUUAAGGAUGAACCUUGGGAUUACUGUGAAAACCUCAAUGUUAACAAGGAUUAUUUGGGUAGGAUUUCUAUCGUAUUCCCAAAUGUAAAACAUGAAAGGGAAGUCCAUAAUGAAUAUCACGAUGAUCAGGUGGAUCAUAUGAAGUUAAUUGAUCGACUAAAUUUUCUCAAGUCAGGAACAGAUUCUAGUUUACAUAUUUCUACAGGCUACUCAUCUUUGAAGAAAACUCGGCCUUUUUCCUCUUUAUCGAGCCCUAUUUUUUCAAAAUCCACUAAACCUUCAAGCAUCAACUGUAGGCGCAAAAGAAAAAAAACAGCCACGGAUUCAGUUCAGGAAGCACUUGAGGAGGAUGCUCCCGGGCUCCUGCAGGUAUUGCUUGACAAAGGUGUGUUAGUUGAUGAAAUUAAGCUUUAUGGAGAGGAAGAAAACGAUGAAACGUUGGAUGAAUCAUUUGGUGAAGAUAGCUUUUCAGAAUUUGAGGCUGUGAUGGCCAAGAUUUAUUUAUUUUUUCCCUUCAUUGGGAGACAGAUUUCUUCUGAACGGCACACUUUUUUAAAAUUCCCUUUUACACGCUGCUCAAAGACUUCAAGAGCAAGUUAUUGCUUUGCUUGUCUAUUCUCACUUGUGGAGCAGACACGAUAUUUAAAAUUUCGCAAGUGGCCAGUUGAGUGGGGUUGGUGCCGAGAUUUGCAAUCGUUUAUUUUUGUUUUUGAGAGACAUAACAGGAUAGUACUGGAGCGUCCUGAAUAUGGUUUUGCAACAUACUUUUUUGAGCUGGUAGAAUCCUUACCUGUCCAAUGGCAGGUCAAGCGGUUGGUGAUUGCUAUGAAAUUGACUACAUGUAGCAGAAUUUCCAUUAUUGAGAAUAAAGAAUUGGUGGUUGGAGAAGAUUUGAGUGAAGGUGAGGCCGAGGUGCUAAUGAAAUUUGGUUGGACGCCAAGUACUGGCCUGGGAACUAUGCUUAACUACUGUGACAGAGUUGUGCAUGACAGGAAAAAUGAGGACUUUUCUUCAGAAUGGCGAUCUAAAAUAGGAAAGUUACUGGUGGAUGGUUAUAAAGGUGGAACCAAAGUGAAGCCUAAUGUUCCGAUAAAAGAUUCUCAAAGCCCUGUCAUUGACUCAAGCUGCAGCACUCCCAUGUCUGAUUAGAGGUUAGUUUGUGUAGGAAAGUCUUUUCCAUGUACCUUGUAUAUAUAUUUAUUGAUAACCGUCUUUCAGACAGCUAUUGUAGAAUAGUUCAACAUUUGUUAAAAUCCACAUUAUAUCAUUUACAGAAGUAUGCUCUUUUGUUUU